AAAUUAAUUCUGGAAAUAUUAAUUUACAAAUACAAGCAAUAAUUAGAGCAAUAAAUAGUGAAAAAAUCUUAAGGCAAGCAUAUAGAAUAAUAUCAGCAAUUGGAUAUGAAUUACCACGAGAAUAG